ACCACAGAUAAAAUACGACUGAACUUUCCAGUAAUAAAAUACCUAUAGCUUCUGUAUAACACAAGAGAGAGGUCAGGAGAGAGGGCAAACAGCUGUGUCUCCUGUAUUACUGAAGCCAACAUCUGGAAUAGCACUCUCCAGAUGGGGAUGGAUUUCGGAAACAGCAGGGUGCCUCCCGCCUCCUUUCUCCCCAAAGCCAUCUUUUUCCUUCUCAUCUCUGGAGUUUUUCCAGACUCCUGUAAGGGAAUUAUAGGAGGAAAUGAGGUGCCCUCUCAUGCCAGACGCUACAUGGCUCUGAUCAAAGGACUGGGAAUCUGCGCAGGGGCUUUGAUCAACGAGAACUGGGUCCUGACCGCGGCUCACUGUGACCUGAGAGGCAAGCCUCAAAUUAUUCUUGGUGCUCACUCCGUAUCUCAGAAAGAGAAACUCGAACAGCUGUUUUCCAUUAAAAGGGCGAUUUCCUACCCAUGUUACGAUCCUGGGACAUUUCAAGGAGAUCUUCAACUCCUUCAGCUGGAUGGUAAAGCAGCUAUAACCAAAGCUGUGGGGAUCCUUCGCCUCCCCAAAAGAGGAGAGGAUGUGAAACCCCACACCAAGUGUCGUGUGGCUGGAUGGGGGAGCACCAAAAGAGAUUCUUGCAAAGUUUCCAACAUCCUGAGAGAAGUCAACGUCACUGUGAUUGACCGGAGAGUCUGCAACAAUCCAGUGCAUUACAAUUUCAAGCAGUUGGUGGACAACAGCAUGCUCUGUGCCGGCGGCAGGCAAGGCGAAGACGAUUCAUGCAGCGGGGAUUCUGGAAGCCCUCUGAUAUGUGAUAACAUUUUCAGGGGUGUCACUUCCUUUGGGAAAUGUGGUGACCCCAAAAAGCCUGGUGUCUACAUUCUCCUUACAAACAAAUAUCUCAAUUGGAUACAAAAAACCAUUGCAGGGGCCAUGUGACACCGGUCCAUGGAAGCAGACCCCUGAGGUUACCACUGGUGAGAUCAAGCAAAGGGGUCUGAAACUUCACCUAUCUCAAGAAGCACUUCUUCCUAACCGCACCAGCCAUGGCCUGACAUGGUCACCAGCCACCUGCUUGCAUCUCUCUGUAGAUCAUUAAGGCUGCCAUUUCUCAUUUAACUACUUCUGUGGCAAGAGAGAGCCCUGAGAAGAUGUCCUCUGUUCAAGAAUCACUUUGCUUUAUUCACAAAGUAUAGACUGAUGUUUUCUUGUGUGCUGCUUAAAAGAAGCCAAUCUAAAGAAAGCCAAAAUAGUCUUUGCCCUCCCAAAUACAGUCCCCAAAUACC